AUGGCAAAUACAUUGUCAGUACCGGGUUUCAACGUGGAACGGUGGACGUUUUGUGUGGUCAAACCGGUGCACAGCUUCAUGUUCUGCGGGGACAUACGGAUGAGAUUCGAUGCAUCCGUCUACAUGGCACAACUUUGGAACAUUGUCGACGGGAAAUGCCUUCACAUUUUGGCUGGCGAGGCGUGGUAUGUGAAUUAUUUGCAAUUUGAUGGAAAACGGGUUGUAUUUGAUGGCCGUGAUUGUACCGUAAAGGUUUGGCAUGUACACACGGAAAAGUGUUUGCAUACACUGACGGGUCACACGAGAAGUAUCAAUUCUCUUUUGUUUGAGCCAAAGCGCGACCUUGUCGUGUCGGGUAGUUGGGACGAAACGAUUCGCGUCUGGGAUGUGCAAAGAGGAACAUGCAUCGCACAUCUUCCUUUUCGUCAAGAGCUCACGGGUCGCUUUGGGAUGCAGCUUCGCGGAAACAUUUUGGCCUGCUAUUACGACUCGGACAUUUGGGUUUGGGACAUUCGUGAGGGUGGCUCGUGCCUUCACCACUUACAUGGCGUAAAUGGUCAGACGUCGAAGAUCACUUCAUUGCAAUUGCUCGACUCCGGACUUUUGGUGACAGGUUCGGUUGAUGGCUCGGUGAAGCUGUGGGAUGUGGACAAAGGUAUCUUUGUUCGUGACCUUAUUCGUCUUCAAUAUAAGAAUUGGAUUCUGGAUCUCAAAGCCACUGAAACAUGGCUCGUAUGUGGAGUUCGAUCGGGAUAUCCGGGCAUUGAGGACAGGCUCAUCUGCAUCGAUUUUGACGCAUCAUAUCCA